CCCUCCCACCUUUCCCCUCCUUCCUCCCCGUCCCUGCCUCCCCUACCCAACCCUAGUGUAGGUGGCGGCUGUUCUUGGACAUGAAAGAAGCAGAUGAUGAAGAUAAGAACAGGGAUAAGGGGAAACAAACUCACCAGGCAAUCUUGGAGCAGUAUGGAAAUUUCCUGAUGGGCACGCAGGUGCCGGGUGAAACUAUGGCACAAGGAACUCCAAUCAGUCGUGGACCAGUCCCAGUUGAGCCAUACGUUGGUGCCCAAUAUGUGCAGCAGCAACAAGCUGGGACGCGACUGGCAUUUCAAACAUCUUCAAGUCCAUUUGCAACGCAUGAAAUGAAUUUCCUUGGAAGUGGUUACAUGAGCUACACACAAUUGUUGAUGGCUGCUGAUCAAGAGGCUGGUAUUGGUGGAUCUCAACAUUCUGGUCAACAACAAGAUUCUGGUGGCAGGGGGUUUUGUGAGGUAUGAUUUCAUUUACAUAUGUACAUAUCCGACUGCCCUUUCCCCCAUGUGUGACAGAAAAAAUAUGCUUACUCUCUUAUACUUGUUUUAGUGUUUAUGAUUGUUUCCCCUGAAGGAAUCCCCAACACAAACUCCACUGACUGAGCAUUCAGUGGAAUGCUCUUCUUGUUGAAAACAAUUGCUUCUGCUUUUGUGUCAACAUUGUCAGCGAUCCACUGCACAAAA